AUGACGUGUCCAGGAAACACAGGUCCACCAGUGUAUUACAUCGGAAACCAGACUGGUCGCAAUGCAGUCUAUCCAAUGGAGAAUGUAGCAGUAGUGACUCCACCAUGCACACUGCAACCUGCUGUCAUGCAGACAUCCUUACCUGGCCCAGCUUUAUGUUUCCCACCUGGUCUGGAUUGCCUGAGUCAGUUCAACCAGUUCCUAGUGCAUCAGAGGGUCCAGCUGGAUGAGAUUAUUAUUGGUUGGGAGAUGAACAAUGCUUACACAGUAACGACUACCCAAGGGCAGCAGGUGUUUGCGACGAUUGAGGAAAAUGACCUUUUCACCGCGCAGGCUUGCGGCCCCAAUCGGCCUUUCACCAUUCGCCUCCAUGACAAUUUGGGGCGAGAAAUUAUAACCUUGACGCGCCCGAUGAGGUGCACUAUGUGCUGCUUCCCCUUCUGCCUACAGGAGCUGGAGGUGCAGAGCCCUCAUGGACAUCCAAUAGGCUACGUGGAACAGAAUUGGCACCCUCUUUUGCCCAAAUUUACUAUCCUUAAUGAGACAAGAAUGCCUCAGCUGAAGAUCGUGGGGCCAUCCUGUGACUGUAACUGUAUGUCUGACACAACCUUCGAGGUAACCUCUUUGGACGAGUCUGCCGUCAUUGGACAAAUAAGUAAACAAUGGAGUGAUUUCAUACAAGAAAGUUUUACAGAUGCAGAUAACUUUGUGGUUUCAUUUCCAAUGGAAUUGGAUGUUAAGACAAAGGCUGUGAUACUUGGAGCCUGCUUCCUCAUAGAUUUCAUGUUUUAUGAGAAUAAACCCCGAAGGAAUUAA